AUGGGAUCAGUUCGGUGUUUGCAUCACGUGGAGAUGAUGGUUUGGAACGCGAGCAAACGUCUGGAAUUCCUCCAGUCGAAAUUCGGGUUCACACCGUUGGCGGAGUCGCGGCGCAGGAAAAAGUGGGCCGUGUCGAGCGGCAACGCCGUGUUCGUCGUCGGCGAACGGACUCCACCGACUGCCGGCGACCCCAGUGUCGACUCAGUGACAGACGCCGCCUUUUGGGUGUCCGACAUUGAAAAGGUGGUGGAGCGCGUGAGACGCAAUGGCGGCCGAGUGUUGGCCGAGCCUCGCGUCAUCGUCGAUGAGUUUGGCGUGAUGGAGCAGGCCCGAGUCAAAUCCAUUGUGGGCAACGUGGAGCACACGUUGGUGAACCCUUCCGGGUUCCGGGGCUGUUUCAUGCCCGGGUUUCGAGCUGUGGAGCCGGAACCUGGGCGCCAAAUGCGCCCGCUGGUGGAUGGCAUUGAUCAUGUGACGUUUGUUUGCGAUGCUGGAUGCGGUGCGGAAGUCGUUGGCUGGUACGAAGCUUGUUUCGGGAUGAAAAGGCUCAUGAGUAACAGGUAUUGCUUUGUUGCGCUUGCUUUUUUGUUGUUGGACGAGUUCAUGAUGCAUGGCUCUUGUAUGUCCCAGUUUGAAGCUUUGGAAGAAUAUAAUUUGACUUCCUUGCAUGAUUCAAGACAGGAUCAUCAAUUCUUGCCGUCGCAACAUCCGAGAAGAGGUUUGUUGACCGAAUCAUUUGGGAAAUCUUCGGGGUUUAGAUCAGAUGACGCAAAAGAAGGCAUUCGGAUUGAGGGCAACGUCGGACUGCGAUUGCGAGCUAUGGAGUACUGGAAGUGCGCGGAGUUGGGAAUCCAGGCUGACGUGAAACCGUCAGCUGGCGGUGACAGCGGACUACGUAUAGUCGUCGCGGAAUCUCUAUGGCCUCAGAAGGGGAACGCUCACGUUGAGGAAUUCCUUUCACAACAUUCUGGCCCUGGCAUUCAACACAUAGGACUUCGCACGCAUGACAUAUGCUGGGCUGUCCGGCAAUGUGUUGAGCGAGGCGUCCGUUUUCGACGGCCGCCCGCUUCGUAUUAUAAUCUGGAAUCGAAGCGCAAAGAAAUCGCUCGGGCAGAAAUGAACGCGGUGGACUUGGCACAGCUGGGAAUACUCAUCGAUGCAGAAGCCGAUCCCAGAAGUUGUGAUCUCGAAAGCGACAGGUUUUUGCUGCAGAUCUUCACGCAUCCUCUGUUCGACGAGGAAACCUUUUUCUUGGAAAUCAUCCAGCGGCGAGGAGCGCUGGGAUUCGGAGAAGGGAAUGUUACAGCUUUAGCCCUUUCCAUUGAUCUUGAAAAUCAGCGGAAAGUGGCGGGUGGAGAAAAGGCUGAAAAAAUUGUUACCGAGAAAGUGGUUGUGGCGAUGUCUGAUUUAUCUGACGAAAGGAUGGAAAGAGUGGAUGACGCGAAUGAAUUGUGUCCUUCGGAGAACAGCUGGCGGCAUCGCUUCAGCCGCAGUCGAACUCCCGAAAGAUCUCCGGGACCUGUAAAUUAUCCUGAUAUAAGUGGGAUGUUCGACGUUGACAGGUUCUCAUUGGAAGACAAGUGGCGACUUUUGCCGUUGGCGGUGUGGUUUCCUUUCGGCUCAGUACUUGCUCUCGUAAGGGUGUUCAUGUGCUUCCACGUUUAUCUCGCUGCGUUGAUGUUGCCGCAGCCGUCAUUUCUCAGAAGGUUCGUUUUGCGGUGGAUGUGGACUGUUAUGGGACUUGUAGUGACAGCCGACGACGAAGAAGAGAAGCCGCGUCAUACAGAGGAGUACGCGAGUUUAUUGGUUUCCAAUCAUGGAAGUCCUCUUGACACCCUCGCCGUGCACAUGGCCACUGACGCGUUUUCACCGCAUUUGUCUGGACUGCCAUUGUGGUUUCGAUACGCCUACGGAUGGUCUGACUUCGGCUGGCGAGAAAAUGACCCGAGAAGUGUGAAUGGACCACGACAUGCCGCCAUCGUGGCACGAAAAAUCAACGAAUUCGUGAGGGGAAUCAGUUCCGAAGACCCGAGAAGCUCAUCUCGGCCGCCACCUGUGCAUAUCAUGCCUGAGGGCUAUUGGACAAAUGGACGAAUCGGACUGUUGAAAUUCCAAUCGUGGUGGGUUUCCGUUUUGGGAGGGGUAUCGAGAGAAACCUCCGAAGAAUCCGGGAAUGAGGGAGUGAAUGAUAGGGUCUGUGUGAGACCCUUGGCGAUUUCUUGGUGGCGACCUUCUUUUCCUUGCCCGCUGAGAGUUACGACUAUCAAUUCGUCAUCAUGGACUGACUUGUUUUGGAUUUUCUUUUGUCCCGUGACCUUCGUGCAAAUCAGAUUUUUGCCAGCUGUUUGGCGAAACGCAGGUCAGACGAAUGCAGAGGAGUUUUCAUCCUUCGUGAGUCAGAAGAUUGCUGCGGGAUUAAGAAGCAGACAAGGUAGUGGCAGGAAACAUUCGUCCAUAGUCACAACACCUUACACGACAAAAGAUCGGGACGAAUAUCUAAAACGAAUGAUGUUCGAAUCAAUAUCGGUCUCAAAUCAAUCUCGUGGGGUUGCUGAAUCAGUGCAGUAUCCCGCUGAAAUCAUGCAAAUGGCGGAACGGGUGAAGGAAGUGAUUCCUACGGUCCCAUUACUGGUAAUCGCCUCAGAUUUGGUUCGGACGGGAGACAUUAACGAAACGAUGACGAAUUUUUUGGAAGGCCACGUCUCGUAUGCGCCGGAAAUUCCCACACCCAAGGCUACAACGGGUCCGAGAACUACCAAAAGCGAGCCUUCGAUGUCAAAAAUGAAUCCCAAGAAUUCUCCGGAUCGUCCUCUUUCAUUCCAAGAGAGAAAAGUGGUCAUGAUUGAGGAGGCGAGGCAGAAGUACAUAGCGAAGCACAUCAAGAGCGACCCGAGCCUUGCUCGCUUCCUAUGACCGAGAUAUUUUGGAUGCACAUUUUUUGGCGGCACCCAGUCCUCGCUUUUAUGUUCGUAUGAGCCCGAAGUUCUUUCAUGGUGAAAUGCUUGAUGUGAAUUUCGGUGGCGAAGAGAAAAGAAAACUAUUAGGUGUGAUGCGCAGAUGUGAAAAAAUUUCGGAAGCAUUUCUAAGAGAUGAAUACUCUUGAACAUUGUCUAACAUCCAAGCAGAAUCCGCGAGAAUCGUGGCGUUACGAACGAGUGUAGACUCUCCUAGCGAGGCUCGAGUGUGGGAAUGUGUCGACAUUUUUGACAGUUGUAAGGCGAAAUUACGAUUUUCCCCCGUCAUUUCUGAAAAAAAGUGUGUGAUACCCGAAACGUUUUAAUGGGAAAUUCCAAUGGAAUCCGUUGGGCGCGUUUCCUUACUUCUCAAACAGUGGCUGCGAUUUUUUUUCCCUUCCUUUCGUCUCGCUUGACUUUGAAGUGCGAAUUUGGGAGACAGAAACUCUCAGAGUAUGCUGGUUUUGGUGUGACAUUAAACCGAUGCACGUA